AUGUCAAGCAACCAGUGCGUCACCCUCCAGACGUCGGACGACGAGCAGUUCAAGGUCGACCGCGACGUCGCGAACCGCUCGGUCCUCAUCCGCAACAUGCUCGAGGAUGUUGGCGAGUCUGAGCAGGCGAUUCCCCUUCCCAACGUUUCGGCCAACGUCCUCAAGAAGGUUCUUGAGUGGUGCGAGCACCACAAGAAGGACCCGGAGCCUCUCGCCGAGGACCUUGACGACAACCGCCGCAAGACGACCGAGAUCAGCGACUGGGAUGCCAAGUUCAUCCAGGUUGACCAGGAGAUGCUCUUCGAGAUCAUCCUCGCGGCCAACUACCUUGACAUCAAGCCCCUCCUUGACGUCGGAUGCAAGACGGUCGCCAACAUGAUCAAGGGCAAGCAGCCGGAGGAGAUCCGCAAGCUCUUCAACAUCGUCAACGACUUCACGCCCGAGGAGGAGGCCCAGAUCAAGAAGGAGAACGAGUGGGCCGAGGACCGCUAA